AUGGCCGCCAAUCGAUCCCCUUUACGUUGCGACAACAAGAUUUGCGCUACCUUCCGCGUCCGCGAUAUGCCCCCGGUCGAAGCCAUCGCGGUCGUCUGUAAGGACAUUAAAAACGAGAUCAUCCUCGGUCGCCAACUGCUACUAAAACUCAAAGUCCUCCCCCGAAAUUUCCCCAACGAAAUCGUCGCCCAAGUAACCAAUAUCAAAGAUACGUUGGAACGCGAAUUCCCGGAAACUCUAUCCGACCUUCUACCCGAAAAAGCGAUGCACGGCCCUCCAAUGAAAAUCUCCCUCCGCGACGACGUCGAAGCCAAACCGACGAGAAUCCUGACCGCCAGACAAAUUCCGCUCGCCCGCCAAUGCGAAGCCGACAAACUCAUCGAAAAGGCCUUAUCUAACGGAAUUAUCGAACGC